AUGAUAAGACCAAAAGCAUGGAUAUGGACGUUACAAAUAGGAGCAAUAUGUUUGGUACUUCAGGAAAUCUCGGGACAAACAACGCCAAAACCAGUAAAGAAAGCUAAUCGUCUAGUCAUUAUGGACUAUGAAAAAGUUGGAACUGCGAACACUCAAUCUUCCGCUGCUGUACGUGUGCAGACUACCACGACACGAUCGGCUACUUUAAUGGUUGGACCUGUAGGAGGAGUGGCAUUGAAAUCAGGUGGAGUUAAUCAGCAAAUCGCAUACAGUGGAGGAUUCGUACCAUCAGUUGAACCGAAGGAGUGUACAAACUGUUCCACCGAUGUAGUGUUUGUUUGGCCGGACAUUAACUAUGAAGAUACCAAUAUCACUUGGUAUGCCAACUUAAGUUACCCGGACUAUUUGGCAGUGGAAACGGCUUCGAAUCUGAGUAUUCCAUAUGAUGAUCGGUUGGUACCUGUUGGAAACGUGACGAGUCGUCCAUUAUCACUGAAUGGUGGUACUGUCGCGCCGGUUCUACCUAUCGAUGGGAAUUCAAUAAUUCCAAUUCCAAUCGGCAUUCCACCUCCGUCCCCAAGCGUUUCCGGAAACCAAGAUCUGCUAGGAUCAGCUGCGGCAACUUCCUCAUCCACAACGCCAGCAAGUGUACGGUCCACGACAAAGCGGCGUGUCAAAAAGACUCGUUCUACCACCACCACUACAACGACGACGACUACUACUACUACUACCACUACGACCACCCCUCGACCGAAGCAAAAAACGAAAAAACCCAAAAAAGGUAAAAAUGGUAGAAUCCUUAACGAAAUGGAAACCACCACAACUACCAGUGCGCCGAAAACUGCUGGACAGAAGGCAAAACGAGUCCGUAAAACCACUACAACGCUCGGCACAACACCCGGUACGAAGAAAGUGGUAAAGGAAAAGAAAAAGAAUGUCGAAAACUAG